UUGACCCUGGCCAGAGGUGUGACACUCAGAACUGGGAAGCCCGAGUGUUACUAACCAGUGUUUAAUCGGUUUUUUUAAGACUGAAGUGGCCACCUCCCAAUCCGGUGCCUGGCAGAGGCUCCACAGAGUCAGCCAAGAUCUGCAAAAGGAGCUGGAGGCCCAGUGCCGGCGCCAGGGGCUGACCACGCAGCAGACCCAGGCCCUGAAGCGCAGCUAUGGGGAGGCCAAGGAUGCGGUCCGGCACCAUGAGGCCGAGAUCCAUAGCCUCCAGGCAAGGCUCAGCAACGCUGCCGCUGAGCUCACCAUCAAGGAACAGGCACUGGCCAAGCUCAAAGGUGACCUGAAGCUGGAAAAGGACAAGGUUCGUGAGCAGCUAGAGGAGUGGCAGCACAGCGAGGCUACACUGAGCGGUCAGCUGCAGGCCAGUGAGCAGAAGCUCAAGAGUGCAGAGGCCCUGCUGCUGGAGAAGACACAGGAGCUACGGGACCUGGGGAUGCAGCAGGCACUGCAGAAGGACCGGCAGAAGGAGGUGCAAAGGCUGCAGGAGCGCAUCACUGACCUCAGCCAGCAGCUCAGUGCCAGUGAGCAGUCUCAAAGGCUGAUGGAGGAGAAGCUGCAGAGGAACUACGAGCUGCUGCUAGAGAGCUGUGAGAAGGAGAAGCAGGUAUUGUUGCAGAACCUGAAGGAGGUGGAAGACAAAGCCAGUGCCUAUGAGGACCAGCUCCAGGACCAUGAACAACAGAUGGAGGUCCUCCAGAAGGAGAAGCUGAGUGCCAAGUUUGAGGGUAGCGAGAUAGUGCACCAGCUGGAGGAGCAGCUGGAGAUGAAAGAGGCCAGCAUCCAGAAGCUGGCCAAGCAUGUCCAAAGCCUCAGAGAUGAGCGAGACCUGAUCAAGCAGCGGUUCCAGGAGCUGAUGGAGCGCAUCACUGUAUCUGAUGGGGACAUUGCUGAGCUUCAAGAGAAGCUGAGGGGAAGAGAGGCAGACUACCAGAGCCUAGAGCACUCCUACAGGAGAGUGGCCAGCCAGCUCCAGGACAUGCAUACUCUGCUGAAAGAGAAGGAGGAAGAGCUGAAGCACAUCAAGGAAAUGCAUGAGAAAGUUCUGGAAAAGAAAGAUCAGGACCUCAAUGAGGCUUUGGUUAAAAUGGUUGUCUUGGGGAGCAGCUUAGAGGAAACAGAAAUGAAGCUCCAGGCAAAGGAAGACAUUUUAAGAAAAUUUGCAAAGGCAUCUUCAGAGGAGGUGGAGGAGCCGCGGAGCUCCCUGGAAGAAGCAGAAGAAGAUGGCAUUGUGCUCUCAGGCCCGCAGCUCCAAGUCACUGGCGUACCUCUAGGCUUCCCACACUUGAGACUCGAAGAUGAGGACCCAGGAGCUGCCCUUGAGGAGGAAUGCGGGGACAGCAGCCCCAGGAAGGAAGCAAGUAUGGUGCUCCCAAAGUCAGAAAUGCCUGACAGAGAACGGCACCUGCAGAGCGCGGCAAAACCUGAGCAGGGGGUACCCGGCAUUAAAAGGCAAAGAAUCCGGUUCUCCACGAUCCAGUGCCAGAAAUACACCCACCCCGACGGGUCCGAGAAGACCUGGACCAGCAGCACGUCUUCAGACACCAGUCAGGACCAGUCACCCUCAGAGGAAAGUAUGUCGUCAGAGGCCACCCCCAGCUCACUUCCUGCAACUAGUGACUCUGACACCUACCUCUCCAUCAUACACUCCCUGGAGACCAAGCUCUACAUCACAGAAGAGAAGCUUAAAGAUGUGACACUGAAGCUAGAGAGCCAGCAGGGCCAGAGCCAGGAAGCCCUGCUCACGCUGCACCAGCAAUGGGCCAGCACCGAGGCACGGCUCCGCGAGCAACUCCGCGCCAGCCUGUUCCAGGUCAGAGCACUAGCCUCCCAGCUGGAUCAGGAAAGACAAGCCAGGGUGAAGAUAGUCGAAAAUCACGUUGGGGAGCUUGGCAACUUCCAGGUUAAAAACAGUCAGGCCCUGGCUUGCUUAGAAAACUGCCAAGAACAGCUAAGAUCUCUGCCACUGGCCAGCCAGGAGGAAGCACAGGAUGCAGGAGCAGGUCCUCUGGCCAGCGUAGAAAGCGCGCUAGUCAGCGCCAUCCAGGCCCUGCACCACUGGCCACCUCUCGCAGAUAAUGGGGCCCAAGCUCAGCUAGAGGAAGGGAGUUUCUUGGAGAAAGGGAAAGCAACUUUGCAGCAGCCAACUCACCGGCCUGAACUGACUGAGCAGGAGCAGCUAAAGCUCCUUUCUGAUCAAAUAGCUCUGGAAGCCUCACUGAUAAACCAAAUAGCAGACUCUUUAAAAAACACAACAUCAGAUAUCUCGCGUGUUCUCCACGAGAUUUCUCAGUCAGAAAAGUUGCCCCUCGAUUCUGGAAGUGCUGCAGUCUGUCCUGGGACCCCAGCAGACACCUGGGCUAGGAAGGUGCUGGUAGAUGGUGAAUUCUGGAGCCAGGUUGAGUCUCUGAGUGAGCACCUAGGGACACUAGGAAGAGAGGCAACUGUCACAUCAGGAGGUGGGCAGCAGAGUGUCCCACAAGCCCUGGUCCCUGCCCUGGCAAAUGCCACAUGGGUCAGGGCAGAGCUCAGCUUUGCUGUGCAGUCAGUAAGGGAGUCGUUCCACCGUCGAUUGCAGAGCAUCCAGGAGACACUCCGGGGGACCCAGAGAGCCCUGCAGCAGCAUAAGCAUGUGCUGAGGGAGAUCUUGGGAGCCUACCAAACCCCCGACUUUGAGAGAGUGAUGCAGCAAGUCUCAGAAGCCCUCAAGCUUCCAGCAGGCUUUGCAGAGGGUGUACAGGCAUCCUGGGACUUGAGUCCAUUAGGAGAAGAACUGAGCCAUCAAGACAUAGCUGGCUCCCAGGAGCCCUUGCACUUAUCCAUCGAGAGCUCUGGAGCCCUCGUUGCUAUUCAGGAAGAACUUGCCCUACAGCUUAAAGAUAAGGCCUGUCUCUUAGGGGAGAUAUCUGCUGCUUUAACAUCUCUUCCCCCUGUGGAAUCAGUAAGAGAUUGUCAGAAGCUACUUCAAGCAUCCCAAAAUCUCUCCUAUAACACUUGUUUGGGAGGCCUCGGUCAGUAUUCAUCAUUAUUAGUUAAAGAUGCAAUUAUUCAGGCUCAGGUAUGUUAUGCAGCCUGCAAAAUUCGACUGGAGUAUGAAAAGGAGCUCCAGUGCUACAAGGAGUCCUGGCAGAACAGGGGGGCCUCCUGUCAAGAACACAGGCAAGCUGUUGGAGCACUAAGUGAGGAGUACGAGGAACUUCUCCGGAAGCAGAAAAGGGAGUACCUAGAAGUGAUUGCCAUUGUUGAAAGGGAAAACGCAGAGCUCAAGGCCAAGGUCACCCAGCUAGACCAUCAACAGAGGUAUUUGGAAGAAGUAGAAAGCAAGCACAGCGAGAACAUGUUUGCCCUGCAAGGGAGGUACGAGGAGGAGAUCAGGUGUGUGGUGGAACAGUUGAACAGAGCAGAAAACACACUGCAAGCUGAGCACAGCAGAGUCCUGAGUCAGCUGGAUGCCUCAGUAAGAGACAGGCAGGACAUGGAGAGGCACCAUGUGGAGCAGAUGCAGACCCUGGAGGACAAGUUCCAGCUCAAGGUCAAAGAGCUGCAGACAAUUCACGAGGAGGAGCUGAGGACCUUGCAGGAGCACUACUCCCAGAACCUGCAGUGCCUGCAGGAGACACUCUGCCACUAUGAGGGGCAGCACCCUGAAGCCUUGCUCGUGCCCAGCCCCCUAAGCAGCCCCCACCAGCCCCCCUCUUCCAGCUGGCCAGCCAACCAGCCUAGGGAUGCUCUGCAGGCAGCCAAGGGAGAGGCUGACUCCAUGACGGGGCUGAGAGAGCGUAUCCAGGAGCUGGAGGCCCAGAUGGACAUCAUGCGGGAGGAGCUGGAGCACAAGGACCUUGAGGGCAAUGCAGCCACACUGCGAGAGAAGUACCAGAAAGACUUUGAGAACCUUAAGGCCACAUGUGAGCGAGGCUUUGCAGCAAUGGAAGAAACACACCAGAAAAAGAUUGAAGAUCUGCAGAGGCAGCACCAGCGGGAACUGGAGAAACUGAGGGAGGAGAAAGACCGCCUUCUGGCCGAGGAGACUGCGGCCACCAUCUCAGCCAUUGAAGCUAUGAAGAACGCCCACCGAGAGGAGAUGGAGCGCGAGUUGGAGAAGAGCCAGCGGUCCCAGAUCAGCAGCAUCAACUCAGACAUCGAGGCCCUGCGGCGACAGUAUCUUUAUACAAUGGGGACACAGAACCUUUUGGAGGCCUUGGCCCUGGGGGAAAGGCAAAGGAGUAAGCAGUGCCCUCUUCCCAGGGAGGAACUGCAGUCAGUGCAGCGGGAGCUGGAGGUCCUCUCAGAGCAGUACUCACAGAAAUGCCUGGAAAACGCCCACCUGGCCCAGGCGCUGGAGGCAGAGCGGCAGGCCCUGCGGCAGUGUCAGCGUGAGAACCAGGAGCUCAACGCCCACAAUCAGGAGCUGAACAACCGCCUGGCUGCGGAGAUUGCACGGUUACGGACACUGCUGACCGGGGACGCCAGUGGGGAUGCCACUAGCUCGCCUCUCACGCAGGGCAAGGAUGCCUAUGAGUUAGAGGUCUUAUUGCGAGUCAAGGAAUCGGAAAUACAGUACUUAAAACAGGAGAUCAGCUCUCUAAAGGAUGAGCUACAGACGGCAUUGCGGGACAAAAAGUACGCUAGUGACAAAUACAAAGACAUCUACACAGAGCUCAGCAUCGUGAAGGCAAAGGCUGACUGCGAUAUCAGCAGAUUGAAAGAGCAGCUGAAAGCAGCCACAGAAGCACUGGGUGAAAAAUCUCCCGAAAACACCCCUGUGUCAGGAUAUGAUAUAAUGAAAUCUAAAAGCAACCCUGACUUCUUGAAGAAAGACAGAACCUGUGUCAGCCGGCAACUCAGAAACAUCAGGUCCAAGUCCGUAAUUGAGCAGGUCUCAUGGGAUAACUGAAACCAGCCCGCUUCCAGGUCCCCUCUCAUAGUCUGAAGGAAGGCCUGACAGUACAAGAACGCUUGAAGCUCUUUGAAUGCAGGGACUUGAAGAAAGACUAGCUGUGUCCCAUUCAACUUGAACACAUACCCUUUCCGGCUUGCAGCAGCACAACCCAAACGCUGCUUU